AUGUCCUUAGCCUCAACUGCCACCAUUGCAUCCGAUAUACGCAUGUCAGCACACAGCAGUGACGACGCAAAGGAUUCACCAUCGCUCAAUAUCUUCCCAAUGACGCAGCCCUGCACAUCACACUUUAUAUUCUCCUCUACACCUCCACUCGGCAUAUUCGAUCGCUUGCUGAUGCCUACGGGAGAUACUAUAGACGAAAAUGUUCAUCUAGAAUUCCUGGCUCAGAAUCCUUUACACUUGACGCCCUCGACGCAUUCUGCCACUCCUCCAGAUACAAUUGCGCAAACCAUAAUCUCGCUGGACGGCUUUGAAGGGCAUGACCACAAGUUGGCAGGGCGCAAAAGAGCGCAAACAUCCUCGCCUGAUUAUCUACAUACCCAAGGCUUAGACACAGCAGCUCUGCACCAAAUGCUCAACCAUCUCAAAAUACGCGUGGAAGCGCUAUAG